CUGAGUUAGCAUAGAGUACACUUGGACAUUCGCUGAACAUUUCUGGUAGAUCACAGUCCAGGUGUGCAGCUGAUAUUAACUGUGAAACCCUCACCGUGGGGUCUACAUUGCUUGAACCGUACAAAGUCUGACACAGUGCCCUAAGAUGGACAUGGAGAAGACUUACUCCCUGACAGCUCACUACGAUGAGUUUCAGGAAGUUAAAUACGUGAACAGAUUCAGCUCGGGCACACUGCACAACGGCCUGAGUCUCCACGUGGGCUCUCAGAAGCAGGAGAGGGGCUCGGGCAAGGCUGGCAAGGACAAGGCUAACAGGUGGAGCAAGAAGGAGAUCUGCCUGUUCUCUGGGCUGGUGUUCGCCACUGGACUGUGCGUCAUCCUGGCCGGGACAUUGUUACUCAAGUACCUGGUGUCUGAGCAGGACCACAACCGCUGUCGGGAGCAGUGCAACCGCAACCGAGGAGCUUCCAACAAGGCAGCCAAGCUGGUGGCCAGCAACAUCGACUCCACCGUGGACCCGUGCACCGACUUCUACACCUUCUCGUGCGGGGGUUGGCUAAGGAGGCAUGGGAUCCCCGAGGACAAGCUGAGCUAUGGCACUGUCAGCGCCAUCGCCCAGCAGAACCAAGCCAAGCUGGAGAGGCUCCUGCAGAAACCCAUCAGGAGACGGUCCCGGUGGUCGGCCGAGAGGAAGGUCAAGGACUUCUACAGGUCCUGCAUGGACCUGGAGGAGAUCGAGAGGCGAGGGGCACAGCCGAUGCUGGACAUCAUCCAGGACUGCGGGGGCUGGGACCUCCUGGUCAACCUCAAAAGGUCCCGCUGGAGUUUGGAUGAACUCUUGUACAAAGCUCAAGGUGUCUACAGCGCGGCGGCCUUCUUCACGCUCAAUAUCAACGUGGAUGACAAGAACUCUUCCCGCAACGUGAUCAGGAUUGAUCAAGAUGGACUCACACUCCCUGAACGAUCACUCUACCUUGGGCAAGAUGAAGAAAGUGAAAAGAUUUUGGCAGUUUACAAAACCCUGAUUGAAAAAUUGGUAAGUCUCCUUGGUGCAGAUGAUGCCAAACAGAAGACCGAAGAAAUAUUACAAUUAGAGACCCAACUAGCAAAUAUCACGAUUUCCGAGUCGGAUUCUCUGAGGAGGGACAUCAACACAAUGUACAACAAGAUCACCUUGAGAGAGUUACAGCGCAUUGCCCCAACCCCUCAUUGGAAGCGUCUACUGGGGAGGAUCUUUCACGAUACUUUUUCAGAGGAUGAUGAAAUUGUGGUGCUCGCCACUGAUUACAUGCAGAAAGUAUCUGAGCUCAUGUCCAGUACGCCUCCCAGGAUCCUGCACAAUUACGUGAUCUGGCGAAUCGUGGUGGGUCUAAGCGAGCAUCUGUCCACCCCUUUCAGGGAUGCCAUACACGAGUUCUCCAAAGAGCUGGACGGCACAGAAAAGCCCAUGGACCUGGGGAAAAUAUGCCUGAACCAGGCCAACAAGCAGUUCGGGAUGGUCCUGGGGGCGCUUUUUGUCGAAGAAUAUUUUUCGUCCAACAGCAAAAUAAAAGUCCAACAACUCAUCAAAGAUGUUAAGCACGCAUUUGAUCGCCGGCUGGAAGAAUUAGAUUGGAUGGACGCUGAGACAAAGAAAGCAGCAGAAGCCAAGCUUCGGUACAUGAUGGUAAUGGUGGGUUACCCAGACUUUCUGCUGAUCAAUGAAGCUGUUGAUAAUGAAUAUGGCUUCGAAGUAAAUGAGAAGAUGUAUUUUAAAAACAUUCUUAACAGCAUAAGGUACAACAUCAAAGUCUCGGUGAAGAAAAUCCGUCAGCAAGUGGAUAAGACAGCAUGGCUUCUUCCUCCUCAGACUCUAAAUGCUUAUUACUUGUCAACCCAAAACCAGAUGGUCUUUCCGGCUGGAAUCCUACAACCUACGCUAUACGACCCUGAAUUUCCUCAGUCGCUGAACUAUGGAGGUAUCGGAACCAUAUUCGGACACGAGUUGACGCAUGGAUAUGAUGAUUGGGGGAGUCAUUAUGAUAAAUACGGCAAUCUAAAAAAGUGGUGGACCGAAGAAUCGUACAACAAGUUUCUAGAGCGUGCAGAAUGCGUUGUGAACCUGUAUGAAAACUUUACCGUCUACGAUCAGAGGGUCAAUGGGCAACUUACACUUGGAGAAAACAUUGCUGACAUGGGAGGACUCAAACUUGCGUACUAUGCUUACCAGAAAUGGAUCCGAGAUCAUGGCCCUGAGCAUCCACUCCCAGGACUGAAGUAUACUCACGAGCAACUUGUCUUUAUUGCAUUCGCCCAGAACUGGUGUAUGAAGAGAAGAUCACAGUCCAUUUACCUGCAGCUGCUGACUGACAAACAUGCCCCAGAAUAUUACAGGGUCAUUGGGAGUGUUUCUCAAUUUGACGAAUUUGGAAGAGUGUUUCAUUGUCGCAAAGGAGCACCGAUGAAUCCGGUUGAAAAGUGUUCUGUGUGGUGAUUUGAAACAAACACAUUCAUUCUAAGCACCUGUGUUUCAUUGCUUUUGUUAUUAAUAUUGGAAAAAAAGUAGUUAGCUUUUUUAAACAUUUCAUUUAAUGCAUUUUCAUUUUAUAAAUAAAAGAUUGAAAUAAUUCUAAAUGUGAACAUAAUAUUCAGGGUAUGGGGAGGGAGCAAGGGAAUAAGGGUUGGAAUACAGUAAAACGCACAUAAGUUGUAUCAUUUUUGGAUCAUAACAUUGAAUAUACCUUAUGUAGAGUAUGAGUUACAGGCAAACUUUAUAAGUCAGAUUUUAUACGAAAUCUGCACUACGCUUGCUUACUUCAAUGUAGCCAAUAAGUGUAGUGCUUGUAGUGACAGGUCAAGGCUAUGUUUCCUGUGAUUCAAUGCAGCCGGUAAGUGCACAUUUGAUGACAAGUUAAGACUUUGUUUUCCGCAAUUUAGUAAAGCCAGUAAAUGAAGUAGCAGCAUCACGAGUUAGGAGAUGAUGUGCAUAGCAUUUGAGACCAAGAAACCAUUACACUUUAGACAUUUAUCUGAUUUAUAAAAUACGACUAGUGUAAAGAAAUCUAAGUGUUUUUUGGUAGGAAACUGGAUGGGACUUGGGUGCAUGUAUACCUUUAGCGAUUAUAUGAUUAUAAAGAUAAGACUUAUGCAAGUUUUACUGUAGUUAGCUCUAAUAGAGGAGCUGCUAGCACCAGCAUGGGCUCAAUGAGCUAAAUGGUCUUGUCUUUAGCAAAGUGAUUUCUAUGAUUUUAACUGCAAAGGUUUGGUUAUUUUACAACUUGCCUUUGCAGCUCAAGUAACCUAUUCAACACAUUCUUUUCACAAUCUAUGCGAACUUCCUAGUUACGUUUAUUCACAGCAGCACUUUUCUCUGUCCACCCUUCCUUGCUCUUUGCCAGUCUAUUUACGGAUCUUUUUUUCUUCAUGAUUACAGUGUAGAUGUUUCCGCAGCAAAAAUCAUGUGCCCUUAUGUAUCCUACUCAUUAACUAUGAAAUCAAAGUGGACUGGUUGAGUAUUUGUGCACUUUAUAGAAGUUUGACAAAGAUGUUUUGUAAAUAAAGCGUU